AUGGUCGCCAACAUCGAGAAGCUAGCGCCAUUCCGAUGGAAGGUCUUCCAGUGUCUCAUCGUUGCAGGUGAAAAUGAUAACGAAACUUGGAAGCGCGACGCAAGGAAGUUUCUGGUUACUGAGGAACAAUGGAAAACCUUCUGUGAUCGACACAAGGCCCUUCCGUGCUACGUAUCUGAGGACAAUGACUCCAUGGCUAGGAGCUACCUCUUGCUUGACGAGUAUAUGCGCUUCAUGGAUAAGGGCGAAGGCAUGGUGACGACUAGUGAUUCCAUCUUGGAUGUUGGCGUUCCGAAGGCAAUGGAGCAGAUUGUCUGGGACAAGAAGUCGUUCGUCGAACGCGGGGUUAUCUAUGAUUGGGGCAGGGCAGAUAUGAAGCCGACUAAGGAACUUAGCUGCGGUAUCCGUCUCAACAUGGAGGAACUGGAAUUUUAG